AUGCUCCGCCCCUAUCUCCUAAGCCCCGCCCAUGUUUUGGGACAUUCGACCGAGGAGGCACACGCGGAAAAGUCGUGUAGGCGAGCGAUGCUGCGUCGGAUUACUGAUGUGUUCGCGGUUUUUGCCAUUUUUUCGGCUUUCGAACAAGGUGAGUAUUUGAUGGUCUAGAAAUUUAGAGGAUUGUAUCGAAAAAACCGCUCUGUCCCACUAUCAUAGUGCGAUAGAGCGCAAUGGAACUGAAAUGGCCUAAAAUACGGUUAAUUUUUAGGCCAGAUGAGCAUAGUUCCUAAAAUUUUAACUUUUGCAGUCGAUUUUACUUUCUCCACGAAGAAAUUAGUUUUAAAUUGAACAAAAAUAGAUUUAUGGCCUAAAAAUCUAAAAAUUGAGAGAAUUUUUAGGCCAGAUAACAUUGCUCCCAAAAAUUUUGCAUUUACGCUCUAUCGCACAACGCCUUGCCGAUUCGUUUAUUUAAAUUUCGGCCGUGAUCCGUCGGAACAGACGCGGUGGCACUUGAAAUAGGCUAAUAGCACCUUGAUCCCAAUUCGUCCUAAUCCCAUUUCGGACCCGCACCACCAGCUGGCCGCUCGUCCAAAGAGUAGGCCAAAACUUUAAAAUAUAAACUACCAGUUGCUGCAGUGUGUGUCUCAAUUAUGCAAAGCGGAUCGGUCAAGCGGAGCGUGUAAAAGGGCAGGUGGUGCUGGGCGCAUCGAAAGAAAAAGUAGGAGAAGAAGUAGAAGAAGAAGCUCUUACCCCCCUCCUCUAAACUUUUUGUGUAUUUCGACUCAAUCGAGCGGAAAAACGAGACGAGCGGCAAAACGUAAUUUGUUGUUUUUAUCUCUCUCUCUCUCUCUCUCUCUCUCCUUCGCUCUUCCACUUUACCUGAAGCGCUUUCACUUAAAAGUGAAAGAGCCGGUGAUAAAAUGCACUAAAUCAUUUUUGAAAUGGUCCAAGCAGUCAGGGAUAGGAUAUUGUGAGGUGUUAAGGCAGCACAGAAAUAUGACAAGUUUCGAGCAGACACCCCUCUUUUCUAAAAGACCGCCCCACGGUCCGGGGGCUGGUGUCAUUUUUACAUGAGGGAUUAAUCGGAAAGCAAAAGUCGCGGUGCCCGUUAUGGAAUUUGAUCCAUUUGGCAACUUCCGGUGCCCAUCCGCUCUCGAUUGUCAUAAGAACCUCAAAAGUGCGUUGCGUUUGGUGCGCGAGUCGGUCCCUCGGCGGCUCAUGUCUUCGUGUUCUUGAGAAGUGCUCCCCCCUCCCUUCUUCUCCUUCUUUCUGUCACCAUUUCCGUCCGUUCCCCUCUUGCGGUCCCGCUCGCUCGGCCGGAUAUGAACAAAGUCGUUCCCGUCCCCCGGGGGACCACGCGCGGGCGCCUGAACGCGUUAAUCUUCGUCGCUUUCGACGAGUUUUUCUGUGCUUUCUGGGCAUUCAAAUGUUUAGGUAUUCACAGGGAGCGGGAGAGAGAGAGAGAGAGAGAGAAAGAGUUUGCUUCUUUUCCGACGAAUACAUAAACAAGUUUAGAAGAAGAAGAAGAAGAAGAAGAGAGAGAAGAAGAGGCAUUCAAUAAGGAAAUGGGAUUUGUUUGAAUGGCCCUGUGGGAUGGGUGAAGACGCGUUUACCGAGGGACUAGGUACGCACCGUAGUCCCUGGAAGUUCAUCUGUCGGAAUUCUAGGCCAUCGGUUAAGAGUCUUCGGAAGUUUUUGAAUUCCGCGCCUAAGCCUGACGGAUCCUAGGCCACCGCCCAGGAACCUAGGCCAUGCGGUUUUCGGUCUAGAUGCACUUGAGUCGGAUCCUAGGCCACAGGGUUCUUGGCCUUCUUACCUACAAGCUUUUAACAUUCUAAGCCCCUCCAGACAUACUCCUGGCUGGCCUAGUUUUAGUCGGAUCCUAGGCCAUCAAUUUGUAUCCUAUCAAAUCCUAAAGUACACCCUAGAAAUCAAAGUUCUCCACGUCCACGCCCGCUUUGUUGAAAAAGUGGUCCGCACUCGAGAAUGAACAAUAUUUCGAGAGUUUCCCGUCAUCGGAAAGCGAACUCUAACCCCUCCCCCCCCCCUUUCCUAUCUUUUAUGAUCUUUUCAUCAAAAAGUGGCAAAUGGAAGCGAUGCGAAUCUCUCUUCCCAACUCACGGGCACCGACUACUAAAAGUAAAGUGAAAGGGGGGGGGGGGACGAAAAUAUGCGAAUGAAUAGUAAUAGUAAUAAUAAUGUAAAUUUGGUUUCAGGCCUCUGCGCUUCCGAAGAGGUGAUGGCGUGCCUGCGACAGGAGCGCUCCCGCGUCGAAAAUCCGUCGCAGACUAUUGUGAACGUGGUGGCCGAGAAUCCGGCCUAUCUGCACUGCAGUGUGCCGCCCGAUGCUGAACAUGAGGUGAUUGGCGAUGGGGCGCACUUGCAAUGGCAUCUGAAACUGUUUUGAAACGUGUAUUUGAUCUGUAGCAGAGUUGAGCGGAAGAACUCAACGGAAGAACACGGAAGAAUUUUUAUCUUUUUUAGAAAAAUGUUUCAUGAAAUGUGAUCAACUGACGAAAUGUAUAGCAAAGUGAACUCUGUUCAUAGAAAAAUAAUUGUAAAUUUAGCUAUUUAUACAAAAAAGUUAUUCGAGGUGUUCCGUGAAAAUGUCCUUCCGCCUUCCGUUAGCCCUUUUUUCGCGGAACAACUCGAAUAACUUUUUUGUAUGAAAAGCUAAAUUUACAAUUAUUUUUCUAUGAGCAGAGUUCGCUUUGCUAUACAUUUCGUCAGUUGAUCACAUUCCAUGAAAAAAUUUUAUAAAAAAGAUAAAAAUUCUUCCGUGUUCUUCCGUUGAGUUCUUCCGCUCAACUCUGAUCUGUAGAAGGUUCUGGAACAUAUUUUAGGGCCUAAAAAUGGUUCGACCCAUGUCUCGCUGGCCCAAAAUUUGUUCUAGAACAUGUUUUGGGUCACAAAGAUAUCCGCAUACAUAGUUUUGUCCUAAAACAGUUCUAAAACAGUUUUGCGACCCGAAAAUCUGAUGAAUACUCAAGCUUGCCCUCAACUUCCUUCCUUCUCUCUCUCAGUUUCUGUGCAAAAAGAAGCCGUGGUGAAACAGGAGGAAAUGGCCAAUUACGGCUUCCUGCGAGUCAAGUGGGACCGCCCGUUUUCUUUUGAAUCGACUUCCGCGCGAGAAAGAGAGCGAUUGCGUCAUGAAUGGCUAAUUGGAGAAGAUGAUGAAGGCAAUGAGAAGCGGCAAAUAAGAAAUGGGGCGCUUAUUAUGAUUAGGCGGGGUGCUAACGUGUUUUUGACCUACAACCGUUAUGUAACAUGUUUAAUGACAUGUCUUGCCACCUAAAACCGUUCCACAACAUGUCUCUGUCCUCGAAAACCCGCCCGUGGCCUAACAAUCCCCGCACUGAUGGCCUAGAAACACAAUUAACUGUGUGUGUAUGCGCGCGAAAAGUCAACGACCGUAAUCGAAUCGUAUUCAUUGUACCUAGCUGCCCAGAAGAUCCGAUCGGCUCUCUCAUUAUACACCCAAACAUUAGCAUUUCCCGGGCGGACAAUAGUUGCGAUGUGUAUACAGUACGGACGGAAAAGGUGCCAAUUGGGAUCGGGUUUUGAGGGGUUGGGGGGAAUGGAACCCUAAAAGCAAGGAAAAACAGUUUUGAAGCAUGUUUUUAACACAGAAAUUGAUCGGAAAAUAGUUUUAAAGCCUACGAAUGUUCGGAAACGUGUUAUUGUCCUACAAAUCAGUUCUGCCACGGCGACCAAAAGUAUAGAAAGGGGCGUGGCUCAAUCUGAGACGCGCUUUCUGAAAAUUGCCGCAAUUCCAGCACUUUUCCGAUAUUUUUGUGUGUGUUGAUAUCGACGAAAGAAGAGACAUUAAAGAGAGAAAACAUCGGAAUUUUCGUGAAAACGCCGCGUUUGAGACGUUUUUGGCAUAUUUCGCAAUUUCGGAAUUUUCAUACCGGCCGAUGUGGAUAGUUUUGAGACGAAGUGAGUGUCGGAAGUGAUUAAGCACGUUAAUACAAGUAUUUUAAGCGUUCAAACGGCAAAAAGUAUCGGCGAAUGACUGAAAUUCGCGCAUUUUCAGCACAAAACUUGAAAAUCGCAUCAAUUGAUUCAUUUCUGAAUGAAACCUGCUCGUUUUCGGCUCAAAAAGUGCGCGCGACGAUUAGUUUAACAAAGUUAUGCAAUUACAUUGUCGAAAUCGUACAAAAUUUGGGUAAUUUUUGACGAAAAACAUGAAAAAUGGGGUUAAAUUUCGAAUUUCGCGCCAAAAUGUGGAUAAACCGUGCACGCUAGGCCACGCCCCUUUCUACGUUUUUGGUCGCCGUGUUCUGGAACAAAUUUUAAACUUAAAACUGCUACCAAACAUGUUUUCGUUUGCAAAACUGUUCCGAAAAAUGUUUUUGCCCUAGAAAUUGGUUUUCCAACAUUUUUUUCACACAAAUUCUGUUCUCAAACAAGUUCUCGACCCAAAACUUGUUCUGAAACAUAGUUUUUCUCUAGAAAACUGUUUUCCAAACCAACAAUACCGGUAAUUCAGAUCGCGUGGACGCGCGUCUCGGACGGAGCCCUCUUGACAGCCGGCAACCGCACCUUCACAAGAGAUCCGCGAUGGCAGGUGUCGAAAAAGUCGUCCAAUGUUUGGGUUCUCAAUUUGAGGUAACUAAACGGCACAAAAACAUACGAAAAAUAGUUAUUGCGGGACCUGAUUGAGCCAAUUUUGAGGCUGGAACAACAUGUUUUUUUCUUCUUUUUGCAGACGAGCCGAGCACGCCGAUUCGGGAUGUUAUCUGUGUGAGAUCAACGACAAGCACAGUACCGUUUAUGCGGUUUACCUCAAAGUUCUCGACCCGCCACUACCGUCGCCGGCCUCGUUGCAAAGUAGGAAAAGCGACUUUUUCUUCGAAAAAUUUGUUUAGAUUUAGAUUUUCUUGCAGAAAAAUCGACAAGACUGAUGGCGAACAUGUCCGGCGACGAGGUGGUCCUCAAUUGCACCGUCACUUCUGCCGACGACGAGGACGACGAUAUCGAUGUGGUGUGGACGAGGGACGGCACGACGAUCAACUUUAAUAACACGGAAAGUGAGUCGGUUUCUCAAUUCUCUCUUCUUUUUCUCGCUGUACGCCUUCAAAUUGCGGUACUUUUCGAUUUUCAGCGAAAAUUGAGCAUGAAAAUCGAAAACUACCGCAAUUUAAAGGCGCAUAACGAAAAGCGAGUAGCUACCGUAAUUUAAAGUUGCACAAUGAACUUUUCGCUCCAGAACCCAAAAUAUUUUCCCAUUCUCUCAUAGUGCUCAUGAAGAAUUCGGAAAAUUGCUAGUGCUCCUCUCGGAUCGCAUCCCAAUUAUAUUCAGAAUUGCAAAUGACUAGUUGUGUAAGUCGAUCAACUUGAACAAACAAUUCGGAGCGCCGCCGGCCGCCGAGUUUAGUCAAUUUCCUCUCAAUUACCGCCAGGGACCACCACCACCACUACCACCAAAUCUUUAGAGGAAGAGGAAGACUACAAUAUAAUUGAGGAGGGGGGGAAUACGAUUAUGGUGCCUUGCGGUUGUUGGCGGGGAAAAGGCAGGUGCAGUGGAGCGAGGAUGACUGAAAAGGGAUGUUUCAUGUUUUAUUCAUGCAUCAUAUCCGACUCAUCAUCAUCAUCAACUCGCGCGGGACCGCCGAACUCGAAUCCAAAUUCGAAUUUACACAGGGGCCCUUCAGAGGUGUUAGCAGUACAAGUGUGUGCGUAUGUGUAAUAGGCACUCGAAAAGGGGGAUGUUUGACGCGCCAACUGAAAUUCGAGGAGACAACCGCCCGACCGCGUGAGGGGAUCGACACAUUCGGAGCAUCGUUUAGCGGCAAACCCCGUUUUCUGACUGUAAAUUACUGGAAAAAUCGAUAGUUGCAAAACGCGCGUUGGGUACAGUUUUAAAGGCGCAGACCGAAAUUUGAAAUAAAACUUUGUUGCGCAGCACGGCGACCAAAAGUGUAGAAAGGGGCGUGGCCUAAUCUGAGACGCGUUUUUUGAAAAUUGCCGCAAUUCCGGCACUUUUCCGAUAUUUUUGUGUUUGAUAUCGACGAAAGAAGAGACAUUAAACAGAGAAAACAUUGAAAUUUUCGUGAAAACGCCGCGUUUGAGACGUUUUUGGCAUAUUUCGCAAUUUCGGAAUUUUCAUACCGGCCGAUGUGGAUAGUUUUGAGACGAAGUGAGUGUCGGAAGUGAUUAAGCACGUUAAUACAAGUAUUUUAAGCGUUCAAACGGCAAAAAGUGUCGGCGAAUGACUGAAAUUCGCGCAUUUUCAGCACAACACUUGAAAAUCGAUUCAAUUGAUUCAUUUCUGAAUGAAACCUGCUCGUUUUCGGCUCAAAAAGUGCGCGCGAUGAUUAGUUUAACAAAGUUAUGCAAUUAAAUCGUCGAAAUCGUACAAAAUUUGGGUAAUUUUUGACGAAAAACAUGAAAUAAAUGGGGUUAAAUUUCGAAUUUCGCGCCAAAAUGGUGACAAAACCGUGCACGCUAGGCCACGCCCCUUUCUACGUUUUUGGUCGCCGUGGCGCGCAGAGGAAAAUGUUGCAAAAAUGUCUAGGGACAAAGGCACAGCCCAUCUGAAUUUGUGAAAUUUGCAGAAUACAUACUGAAAGUGAAGCGCGACGCCGGCGUCGUCAUCGAAACGAUGCGAAUCCGAAAAGCGACGAUGGAGGACGACGGGAACUACGCGUGCGAGCACAUGCAGCAAAAAGCCUCGCAGAUUGUGCACAUCAACAGUAAGGCGCCCUCUUCAAAAUCUUUAUUUCUACAAUACUAG